UCAGGCAAGGAUUCGAAUGCAAGAAAUUUAUUUGGGAAGUGAUCACAGAAAAUACCAGUAAGGAAGAAGAAACUGAAACACAAGGAAUUGAAAACAGGAUGCUACCCCUCACCGACCACCUGCUACACUUGCUGAGGCUGGAGAAGACGACAUUCCGCAUAUACACUGUGUCUGCCCUGCUCCUCUUCCUGCUCUUCUUUUUCUUCCGCCUGCUGCUGCAGUUCCUGAGGCUCUGCUGGAGCUUCUACAUCACCUGCCGCCGGCUGCGCUGCUUCCCUCAGCCACCCCGGCGCAACUGGCUGCUGGGUCACCUGGGCAUGUACCUUCCCAAUGAGACAGGCCUUCAAGAUGAGAAGAAAGUGCUGGACAACAUGCACCAUGUGGUUUUGGUGUGGAUGGGGCCCAUCUUGCCACUGUUGGUUCUAGUCCACCCUGAUUACAUUAAGCCUGUGGUAGGCGCCUCAGCUGCCAUCGCCCCCAAGGAUGACCUUUUCUAUGGCUUCCUAAAACCAUGGCUAGGGGAUGGGCUGCUGCUCAGCAAAGGUGACAAGUGGAGCCGGCACCGCCGCCUGCUGACACCUGCCUUCCACUUCGACAUCCUGAAGCCAUACAUGAAGAUCUUCAACCAGUGCACUGAUGUCAUGCAUGCUAAAUGGCGGCGUUUGGUGGAGGGCUCGGUGGUUUCUCUUGACAUGUUUGAACAUGUCAGCCUCAUGACCCUGGACAGUCUUCAGAAGUGUGUCUUCAGCCACAACAGCAACUGCCAAGAGAAGAUGAGUGAUUAUAUCUCAGCCAUCAUUGAGCUGAGUGCACUGGCUGUCAAACGCCAAUAUCACCUGCACCACUACCUGGACUUCAUCUACUACCGCACGGCGGACGGGUGGCGUUUCAGGCAGGCCUGUGACACUGUGCACCGCUUCACCACUGACGUCAUCCAGGAGAGGCGCUGGGCUCUGCACCAGCAGGGGGCCGAGGCCUGGCUGAAGGCCAAGCAGGGCAAGACCUUGGACUUCAUUGAUGUGUUGCUCCUGGCCAAGGAUGAAGAUGGAAAGGAACUGUCAGACGAGGACAUCCGAGCUGAGGCGGACACCUUCAUGUUCGAGGGUCACGACACAACAUCCAGUGGGCUCUCGUGGGUGCUGUUCAACUUGGCAAAGCACCCAGAAUUCCAGGAAAAGUGUCGGGAAGAGAUUCAGGAAGUGAUGAAAGGCCGGGAGCUAGAGGAGCUGGAAUGGGAUGACUUGACUCAGUUACCCUUCACAACUAUGUGCAUCAAGGAAAGCCUGCGUCAGUACCCACCCGUGACUCUUAUCUCUCGUCGCUGCACGGAGGACAUCAAGCUCCCAGAUGGCCGCAUCAUACCCAAAGGAAUCAUCUGCUUGGUCAGCAUCUAUGGAACCCACCACAACCCCACAGUGUGGCCUGAUUCCAAGGUGUACAACCCUUACCGCUUUGACCCAGAAAACCCACAGCAGCGCUCCCCACUGGCUUAUGUACCCUUCUCUGCAGGACCCAGGAAUUGCAUCGGACAGAGCUUCGCCAUGGCCGAGAUGCGCGUGGUGGUAGCGCUAACGCUGCUACGCUUCCGCCUGAGCGUGGACCGAACGCGCAAGGUGCGGCGGAAGCCGGAGCUCAUCUUGCGCACGGAGAGUGGCAUCUGGCUCAAUGUGGAGCCGCUAUCUCCGCGGGCCUGAGCAAGGGGUGCUUCUGCGAAUCCUGGGGAUCCAGGCACCAGCCAGAAAGGCCCAGGCCCCGCCUGUGACAUCCCGAGGGAAUAGACCACUCCCUUGGAAGUCCAGGCUCAGUCCUG